AUGGGGCGUCGCAGGAUCGCUUACGCAUUCAACUACGACGCCCCGACGGCAGGUAUAAUAUUCCUCAUUGGGGUCUCCGUUUCCUAUACAAUAAAGUUACCGCCAUGCUGGUGCCAUAAAAUAUUGAAGCCGGUGUGCGGUUCGGACGGGAAGACUUACAGCAACGAAUGUGACUUUGAAUGCGAGAAGAUAACAAAGCCAGAUUUAACUGUUGUCAAGCAAGGAGAAUGUGACGCGUAUAUGCGCGUGCUAUCCUAUAUGGAUUCCGGUGUGCGGUUCGGACGAGAAGACUUACGAAAACGAAUGUUUCCU